GCGCGGCUGUCGCGAGUUGGAUCAACAUGAAUUUCCAUCGUAAUUUGGUGAUUCUGACCGUCGUCCUGUUGACACUUCACAGCGACAAAUGCCGAUCAGCCGCCGAUCCAGUUAGCAUUUUCUCAUUUAUUCACGACCUCGUUCAAUACAACGUAGCGGGGGUACCGAUCAUCCAUGAGCGCACACAAUGGGAUUUCGAUCCGGAAGUCGGGAAGCAGAGAAGAGUCAGAUACGAGCAGGAAAAUGGCCGUCGCGGUGACAUCGCGAUCGCGAAGAUCGGCAUGGGUAUCGGGUACAAAGGACCAUGGGGAUCGCCCGCGUGAAAACUAAUCUAUAAAAAAAGUUAA